AUGCUGGAAUUCGUGAUUCCAGUAUCACGAAGUGAUCUUCUGAACUCAACAAUUUCAUCUUAUUCGGUCAACGAAUUGGUAUCAGUGCGAAAUUUGGCCUCAGCUGUUAAAGCUUGUCAGAAAUGUCUUGUCCGUGAAGGUCAUGCAGCCGUUCUGAAAUAUUUCGACGUCUUUUUCAGUGUCUUACACGAAUGGAAAUCAGUUGACUCAAGUACAAAGGAGGAUACGUGGCAUAUUGUCCUUAAAGGUUGUGAGGUUUCUGUUCGUGAACUCGUUGGAGUGAUUAAGCCUCUUUGUCCCACCUCUGGCCUCAACAGAAACGAUUUCUUUGAGAAAAGAAAUGCCAUUAAGAUGCAUGCCUACCUUCUAUGUCAACUCAUGGAAAUGGUUGAGAACGAUUCUACUGCGGAGGCUGGUGCCUCUGCUUCGGCCAAGGUCGGGCGUGGACGCAACAAGACUUUGAACUCUGCCGCCAAGAUGCGUCGACCGGGGUUAGACAUGUCUCUUAACUGGCCAGAUGAGUGCUCAACCGCUAUUACGGUGCUAGAUCAACUUUGCAAGUUGGAUAUCAAACAAUUCUGGGACCCUCCAGUGGUUGAAGAUGAUUUUGUCAAUCUCUUGGCGAAUAGUUGCUACAAGUUGCUAGAAAACAAGUCGUUGGCGGCCAAUACGACACUGAGGACGGCCAUCACAAAUCUCUUGAGUACUCUUAUUCAAUUUUACAAGCAUGGAAUCGCUUGCUGCCUGAAAUUAGCUCAAAUGCUCCAAUGCUUUGCACACAUGGCCAAUGUGCUCUCUGCAAUUGUUAACAGCUUUAUGGCUGAUGAAUCUAUGGUACCUUUUGUCAAGGAGUUACUAAAUGAAAUUUGCAGUUACAACGGAGAGGAUUUGGAGCGCGAUUCAACGGGCACUCACAACUUAUGCGCCUUUCUGGAGUUGGUAUCGUCAGCUCAUCCCUCGCUGGCAACGUCUAUCCUCCCGCUGAUCCGCGCUCGACUCUCCGAAGACCCAUACCAGAUGCGCAACUGUGCUCUUAACGUGAUUGGUGAGGUUCUGCGCAAUCUUCACGCCGAGAAUACGCAAAUUGAAGGGAAGGACAAGGUGCAACGCGACCGCCUCAUGGAUGUACUUCAGGAGCACAUCCACGAUGUCAAUGGAUUUGUGCGUGCUAGAGCCCUGCAAAUUUGGUGCAAUCUUGCUUCUGCUGGAGUGCGUUGCUUCUACUCGCCCCUUCCAUUUAUCAGUCUUAUGAUUUGUGUUUUUAUCUUUCCCUAUUUUCUACUCCUGCAGGGCUUGCCAAUCCGACGACAAGUUCAAUUGGUCAGUUUGCUUGUUGGAUCGGAGGGAGCUCUAUUUGAUGUGUCCAGUUUGGCCCGAAAAUAUGCAAUGCGUCUUCUGACUACAAUCAUUACUCAAUGUCCGGCAGCUAAGCUUAGUAUGGAAGAUUUAAAUAGAGUUUUGAACAAGGAACAGUCAAGACUUCAGGUACUGGAGGAUAAUUUUGGUGGUACCGUGCUACCAUCAAGUGCAGACAAUAGCAAUAUUGAAGAGAGUCUUUUAAUACACCAUGAAGACGAGGGGAGGGAAGAGGAAGAAGGUGAAGAGACUGACAGAGAAGAGGAAUGCCAUAGGGCAGAAAAGGUGGAGGUGGAGGAGGAUGUGGUCGAACAGGGCGUAUCAGAAGCAGCAGCUGCUCUUGAGGCCGUUAUUCACUCGGCGGCGCAGGUGGCUCAAGACGGGCAGAUGAAUGUCUCUCUCACCCACCCACCACCCAUCUCCGCUGAGGUGGCAUUUGAAGCCCAGAAAGCAGAUCUAAUUCGUCAGCGAGCCUGUGUGGCCUACCUGCGUGAGAUGCAAUGCUUUGCUGGCUAUGUAUCUACAGGCAUCGAGAAUAUGUGCAAUCUUCUCCACUCUAAGAACGUUACCGAUGUUCUCGAAGCUAUUGAAUUCUUCCUCACUGCCAAGCAAGCCGGCGUGAGAAAUCUAGAUGCCGCUCUUCGUCAUAUGAUGGCUAUGAUUUGGUCGCAGGAGGAGCAGAUCAGAAAAGCCGUUCUUGACGCCUCCCGUCGGCUCUACUUCCAACCAGAUAUAGUGGACGAGUCCUUUACGUUGGAGGGUCGUCUUUCUUCAGCCGCAUUGACAGCAGUGAUCUCCACCCUUGUACGCCUUGUUUCGGAAUCGACGAUGGGCGAUUUUGUCAGUCUCGAACGCAUCCUUCUUGAGCUCCUUGAUCUGGGCCACGUGGACGAGGAUCUCAAACGAGAGCUCUGGAGUCGCUUCACCGACCUCGCCUCCACUAUUAAUGAUGCCGCCUCCGUUCGCUCUGAGCGUCGACAGGAGCUUAAAGCUCUUCUUAUUCUUCUCAAAAUGAUCUCUUCGCCAAGUAGGAAAAAUUUGGAAUUGCACCUUGGCGAUCUUGUUAACUACGGUCUUGGCGCUGCGACGGGGUACGCGAACAUCGACUUGGAAUGCGCCAUGUAUGCUUGCAUGACAAUCCAACAAAUGGUUCCCACUCAUAGGCUUGUUGGAAUACAGCAGGUAGGGAAGCAGAAAAGCCAUUCCACCCGUUCAACACCUGUCAGCUCGAAGCCUUACGAGCCUUUUAGGCUACCGGUCUCGAACCAUCUUUGUACCUCCUUGCGCAGACUUCUCAUUUCGACAUUUACAUCUUCUUCCCGCCUUCACUGGAUUCCUUUGAUGGAACAGGCGGUUGCGACAAUCUUUCAACUCAUUGAUACACCGAGUCUGGUUAUGGCGGAAGUGAUUCGUGAAAUCGGGGAUCAGUUACUCAGAUCCCUCACGAAGUCUCUGCCUUCCACCCAGCCGCAGAGGGAGGUGCAAGUAUCUUCCCAGUUGGUCGAGGGGGGCGAGGAGAACACCAAAGUGCAGAACGAAGUCGAUGCAACCGAUGAAAAUCCUGAGCUUGUCUCACAAACCGUUCCACCCACCGUCCCAUCAUUCAUUCUGGCUCGAUUCGUCGCUCUGGCUGGACAUGUAGCCCUAAAAAUGCUUGUUCACUUAGAGUUCUCAGUUCUAAAUGAACUUAAACGACGCGAGAUUGUCCAGGAAGAAAGCAAACAUGCAAAAAAGCACUCUCUCAAGACCCCUCGAUUAGCGAAACUGAAUGCUAAUCACAAUUCUUCUACUCUCGUUGAUAUCACCAACGGAGCUCAGAAGGGCGAAACGAGCGGAGUCACUGGUAAUAGUGCCCUGGAGGAGGAGGCUGCUCUCCUUGGAGCUGUCGCUGACGAUGCCGAAGCGGAUUAUAUACGGAAUGUUCUAAACACCGAAGUUGUCGUUGAACCUGAUCACCUUCUAUCUCGUCUCCUUCCCUUGGUGGUGCAUAUUUGUUCACACCCCAGUAGAUACGGUGAUCCCGACCUGCAAGCAUCCGCUUCGCUUUCGUUGGCUAAAUUUAUGCUUGUAAGCAGCAUAGUGUGUGAGCAGAAUCUGCAAUUGCUAUUUACUCUGGCGGAGCGCAGUCCCUCUGAGGUGGUCCGUGCCAAUUUGAUCGUGGGUCUGGGUGAUCUGGCUCGUCGCUUCCCCAAUCUCAUCGAGCCAUGGACUCCUAACCUCUACGCUCGACUCAGAGAUACUUCCUCAAAGGUUCGCAUCAACGCACUCAACACCCUAAGCCACCUCAUCCUAAACGAUAUGGUCAAGGUCAAAGGGCAGAUCAGCGAAAUGACUGUGUGUUUGGUGGAUGAGAAUGAUCGCUUGAGGCAGUUGUCUCGCCUCUUCUUCCGUGAACUUGCUCAAAAGGGCAAUGCUCUCUACAAUGUUAUACCUGACAUCAUCAGUCGUCUUAGCGAUCCCGAAGUGGGGGUGGAAGAAACCAAGUUCAGGUCGACUGUCGAUGAUGUUCUCUUUAGUUUCUUGUUUCCAUUGAUUGAGAAGGAGCGGCUCUGUGAAACCCUUGUGGAAAAGAUUUGCUCUCGCUUUCGAGUGACUCAGACGGAGCGGCAAUGGCGUGAUCUAGCCUACUGUCUACGAGUAAUGUCCUUCAAUGAACGCAUGAUUCGCACAUUGCACGAAAACUUGCCCAUCUUUGCGCAGCAGCUCUCCAUCCCCGAUGUUUACCAGUCCUUCUCAGAGAUCCUCGUCAACAUUAAGAAAAACGCUAAGACUGAUGCUCUGCCGCAUCUUGAAGAGUUCGAGGCUAAAAUCGAGGAGUUCCAUCGAAAAGGUGUUGCCGACGAGGCGGCUCUGCAGCGGGCCGAAGUGAUGGCGAAGAAGGCGGUGGCCAAGCGACGCCGAGUUGCAUGCGACGCGCGCAAAUCGAUGCGUCGAGUCAAUCAAACCAGCAGCAGUGGCAUUAGUGACGAGGAGACUGAAAGGGAGGAGGAGAUUAUGGCGAUGCAACCUCCCGGUCCCCGCAAGCCACGAUCGCGCCGAGCUACUGCCGUUUCCAAACCCCAUGUGGUAUUCAGCUCUGACGAGGACGAGGUGGACGAUGAAGAUUAG